GAGCUGGAUGGCUCUUACGGCGACGGUGUUGGAAGCAACCCGGACUUUGUGAACAGUCAGGGCCAGUUUGUGUCUGACCUCUACGACAUCUCGAAGGUCUGCCUGUAUACCCAGGCGCUGCCAACUCACUCUUGGUUCUCAGCUGGGUCCGGAAAGUCUGGGUACCUGAAGCUUGGAGGCGAAGCAUCCUCGGCCUUCAAGUCGCUGAUGUCGGGAGAUGAGCUGUCAUUGGAGCUCAUGUUCAGAUUGCUGGAGAAGCCCAACAUUGACCAUUCGAUCGUCAUGGGCACGAGUGUCAACCCUCCUAUGCAAGGCGACGUGACAUUUUCAGUCACAGUGCGAAGUCAUCACGGUGAGCUGAAUGUUGUUUUUGCCGGCAACAACGACUACCAACACCUCAUGAGCCAUCGUGGAGUAUGCGACGGCAAAUGGCAUCACCUAGUUCUGCUGGUACGAAAAUCCGCCAGGAAAGUCUUCCUAUACGUGGACGGCCAGAGUGUCCUUACGCAGAGCAACCUGCGUACAGGGAUAGUCUCAGACGUGGGCUCGCGAGUGCAGUGCAUGUCUGACCCUGACAGCUACAGCUACAGAGUACGGCACGGACCUCAUCCUGGGCACCGGCAGCAAGGAUUGUGGAAGGUGGUGCCAUGGGCAUCCUGGCUACAAGCAGAACGCCCAUUUCGCCCGCCUGCAGUUCUGGAAGAGGGCGCUCUCAGGCCAAGAGCUGGGCCCGAACCUCCCCAGCACAUGUGACAAGGCAGGUCUGGUGUCGGCCUAUCCCUUGAACAACGACUACCGCGAUGCCAUAGGAGACAAUCCCGACUUUGUGAACGCCCAGGGUAAGUUCAUGUCCGACAUCUACGACACGACGAAAGUUUGCCUGUGAUGGGAAGAUGCGCAAAAGGGAAUCUGGCCGAAGGCCCAAUCCACAUGAAAUCUUGGAUGUUCAGCCCACAUACUACAAGCGCUU